UGUUGACAAUAUGCCUCACUGCUGUGUCCCCCUUUGUUUAAAUCGAUCAGAGAGUAAAACUGAGACCAAACUGUCUUUCUAUCGCUUUCCUCCGAAAGACAAAGAUAAGAAGAGGUGGCUGCAGUUAAUACGGCGUGAUGGCUUUACACCAAGCCCCUGCUCAAGGGUGUGCAGUUGGCAUUUUCCAAAUGGCAAAGCUGCUGGCCCAUCACGUUUUGCUUGGAACGAGGGGAAGACUUUCCCAGGCCACCUCAGCCUUCCACACAAGAAGAGAAAAACAGUACCACUCCCUCCCAGUGGUGAAGAAGGGACAAAUGAACUUGAAUUACAAAAUUCUGACAUUGCAACCGCAGAGCCCCCUAGUACUUCAGACAACCCAACCGCAGACACCCCUAAUACUUCAGACAACCCAACCGCAGACACCCCUGGUACUUCAGACAACCCAACCGCAGACACCCCUAGUACUUCAGACAACCCAACCGCAGACACCCCUCGUACUUCAGACAACCCUUUUAACAGUGUUGCGCUGCUAGAGAUAGAGGUUGACAUGUUGAGAAGAGAGAAUGAAAAAUUGAAAAGAGAAUUGGAGAAACAAAAACAGACCUUUUCCUUCAGCCAAAUAUCUUCCAAUCGUGUCAAAGUAAAAUAUUUCACUGGCUUACCAGAUGUUGCUACCGUCCUGGUUUUGGAAGCACUCUUAUCUAAGUUUGAGCUACAAUAUCAUUCGAAUUGGACACACUGGCAGGAUGACGAGAUCAGAAAGGGUCCAUACAACCAGGUGGCAAGUGCUGGCUCCAGUCAGCUGUAG